AUGAUGAUUUUUGGUUUACUCAUGAUUUCAAAUGCUCGAAAACGUCAUAUGCAAAUAGCAGCAGAUAACAAUACUCGAAGAAAAGAUCUUUCACGUUCUAAAGAUCGUCAAUUAAUACGAAUGCUAUUAGUACAAGUAAUUAUUGUUAUAUGUUGUACGGCGCCAUUUGCAACUGUUAACAUUUUUUAUAAGAUGGUGAGAUAUGCAGAUGAACCAGUGUAUAAUCGUAAGAUUAAACUAUUUUUUGACAAUAUUUGUCGAUUAAUAUUAUAUUUUAAUCCAAUGAUUGAAUUUUAUAUUUAUACAUUAUCUAGUCGAGCAUUUCGUACUGAAAUCAAGCGUGUUAUGAAACGUGGAUGUAAAUUUGUAUAUGAAAAAUUUGGUUUACAACAAUGCUUUUCCAAACGUCAACAAAAUCAAAUAGUUGUAUUAAGUUUAAGUGUAAGUCAAUAA